CAGGACGCUUGGCCGAAUCUUGAAUAGCGAAUGCAUGUAAUUGUGAAAAGAUAGAAAUUCUCGUUUUACCACAGGCCCUAUGGAUCCUAACAGGAUUAUACAGGCUUUGAAGGGAACGAUAGACCCUAACCUUAGGAUAGCGGCGGAAAAUGAACUCAAACAGUCUUUCAAGAUUAUCAAUUUCGCCCCUACGCUGCUCCAAAUCAUUGUGUCAGAGCAGGUGGAGUUUCCUGUUAGACAGGCAGCUGCCAUCUACCUAAAGAACAUGAUGGGCCAGUAUUGGCAAGAUCGAGAGCCUGGUCCAGGCGAGGUGGUCUUUCCCUUCAACAUCCAUGAGAACGACCGGCAGCAGAUCCGAGACAACGUUGUUGAGGCGAUCAUCCAAUGCCCCGAGUCCAUCCGGGCCCAGCUGACCGUUUGUCUGCGGGCUAUUAUCAAGCAUGACUUCCCUGGGCGUUGGACCGCCAUUGUGGAUAAGAUCGGCAUGUAUCUACAGUCACAGAAUAGUGGCAGCUGGUAUGGCAGUUUGUUGGCUCUAUACCAGCUGGUCAAGACAUAUGAGUUCAAGAAGGCCGAGGAGAGGGACCCACUCCUGGCUGCCAUGCAGAUCUUCCUGCCGCGCCUCCAGCAGCUCGUCUCCCAGCUACUGCCCGACGCCACCGUGUUCUCAGUGCUCAUCCAGAAACAGAUCCUCAAGAUCUUUCAUGCUCUCAUACAGUACUCCUUGCCCCUACAGCUGAUAAACAACACGGUCAUGACCCAGUGGAUGGAGAUCCUCAGAGCAGUCAUGGAUCGAGAUGUUCCCCCGGAGACCCUGGAGGUUGAUGAGGAUGACCGGCCUCAGCUGGUGUGGUGGAAAUGUAAGAAGUGGGCGCUGCAUAUCAUCACGAGGUUGUUUGAGAGGUAUGGAAGUCCAGGCAAUGUUACAAAGGAGUACUUUGAGUUUGCAGACUUUUUCCUGAAGACGUAUGCUGUGGGCAUUCAGCAAGUGUUAAUGAAAGUGGUGGACCAGCACCGACAGAAGCAGUACGUAGCUCCCCGAGUGCUGCAGCAGUCUCUCAACUACCUGAACCAGGGCGUGUCUCAUUCACUGACCUGGAAACAGAUGAAGCCACACAUGCAGGCCAUAAACCAGGAGGUGAUCUUCCCACUCAUGUGCUAUAAGGAUGAAGAUGAAAAGCUGUGGCAAGAGGACCCUUACGAGUACAUCCGCAUGAAAUUCAACGUGUACGACGACCACGUGUUCCCGGCGACAGCUGCUCAGAGCCUGCUGUGCAAAGCUGCCCGCAAGCGCAAGGAGGUGCUGCCCCAGAUGAUGGAGUUCUGCCACCAGAUCUUAAUGGACCCUAGUGCUGACCCCCGUAGAAAGGACGGUGCCCUGCAUGUCAUUGGCUCCCUUGCUGAACUCUUGCUCAAGAAAAGACUGUACAGGGAUCAGAUGGAAUUAAUGUUGCAGAACUAUGUGUUUCCACUGCUCAACUCAAACCUCGGCUACCUGCGAGCUAGGUCCUGUUGGGCUCUGCGUUCACUAAAUUCCUGCUGGGUCCUGCACUCCUUCAGCCCCCUGAAGUUCCAUGAUGAGCUGGUCCUGAGGAACGCCGUGGAGCUGGUCAAGCAGGACCUGAUCGCAGACAAAGAGAUGCCCGUCAAGGUGGAGGCGGCUAUCGCUCUGCAGACGCUUGUCAGCAACCAAGAACAAGCAAAGGUGUACAUCCGGCCUUACAUUCGGCCAGUGAUGCAGGAGCUGCUGCACGUCAUCAAGGAGACGGAGAACGAUGACCUGACCAACGUCAUCCAGAAGAUGAUCUGCGAGUACAACGAGGAGGUGGCCCUCAUCGCCGUGGACAUGACCCAGAACCUGGCUGAGAUCUUCCGUAAGGUUCUGGAGAGUGAGGAGUAUGAGGAGUGUGAGGACAAGACAGUCAUGGCCUUGGGAAUCCUCAGCACCAUCGACACCAUCCUUACCGUCAUGGAGGACCACAAAGAGAUUACUCAGCAGUUAGAAGGCAUCUGCUUGCAGGUUAUUGGCUUGGUACUGCAAAAGCCCAUAAUAGAGUUCUAUGAGGAGAUCCUGUCGCUGGCCUUCGGCCUGACCUGUCAGACCAUCUCCCCACAGAUGUGGCAGCUGCUGGGGGUUCUCUUCAACGUCUUCCAGCACGACUGCUUCGACUACUUCACAGAUAUGAUGCCGCUGUUGCAUAAUUACGUUACCGUGGAUACCGAUACCCUUCUGUCCAAUCCCAAACAUCUGGAAAUUAUCUACACCAUGUGUAAGAAAGUGUUAACAAGUGAUGCAGGGGAGGAUGCUGAGUGCCAUGCUGCCAAACUGCUGGAGGUCAUCAUUCUGCAGUGCCGGGGAAGAGGGAUCGAUCAGUGCAUCCCGUUGUUUGUGGAGGCGGUGCUGGAGCGUCUGACGCGGGGGGUGAAGUCCAGUGAGCUGAGGACCAUGUGUCUGCAGGUGGCCAUCGCUGCCCUCUACUACAGCCCCGCCCUCCUCCUGCACACACUGGACAACAUCCGCUUCCCUCACAGCCCAGAGCCAAUCACAGCGCAGUUCAUCAACCAGUGGAUGAACGACACCGAGUUCUUCUUGGGUCUUCACGACCGUAAGAUGUGCAUCAUCGGGCUGAGCGUGCUGAUGGAGCUGCCCAGUCGGCCGGCGGCGAUGGACUCGGUGGCCGGUCAGAUCGUGCCCUCUGUCCUGCUGCUGUUCCUGGGCCUGAAGCACAUCUACGCCUCGCGCAUGCUGCACAAGCAGGAGGCCCUGACCAGGGCUCAGCGCACAGAGGAGGACGAGAACGAGGAGAUUCCGAGUGACGAGGACGAGGUGAGCGAGAACCGGAACGCCAUGCAACAGUCCUGCAGCGCUCCGGCCAGCCAGGGAGACGAGGAGGAGGAGGAGGACGACGACGAUGAUGAUGAUGACUACUGGGAUGAAGAGGGGCUGGAGGGCACCCCACUGGAGGAGUACAGCACACCCCUGGACUACGACAACGGGGAGGACGAGUACCAGUUCUUCACCGCAGCCCUGCUACGGGUGCAGAGCUCUGAUGCGGGCUGGUACCAGUGUCUGACCGCUCCGCUCAGCGAUGACCAGAAGAAGCAGCUGCAGGAGAUCUACAGCCUGUCACAGCAGAGGAGGAGCAUGGCCGGCAAGGGACAGUGCUGAAUCGGAGACGGAAAAUGCUGGAAGAGCACGCGGAGUGGGAGCCCUGGGCUGGGGUCUUUUAGCAGAUUUAACCUACGAACCAGCUCAGUCUAGAUCAGACCGUACACAUCCCAUCAUGAACUGGGUUCACUCAAUCAUCUAACCAGACCCCCCUGUGGUCCAGUCUGAAGCACCACCCCUGGCUGGCUCGCCACGUCAGCGAGCGCGACUGGACCACUGAGGUCGCAUGGCUGCGGUCUGGAGGUCACUCUGGGGCAGCCAACCACCAGCUCACUCAUUCACCAGUGCUGUGUUUGUGUGAGUGUGUGUGUGUGUGUGUGUGUGGUGUGUGCUUUGAUGAAUUUUGUGUGUGUGUGUGUGUGUGAGUGGGCGUGUGUGCUUGUGAAAAUGUGUGUGUGUGAAAGUGUACUUUGUUGAACGGGGAGUGUAAGUGAGUGUGUACAUGAAAGAGUGUGUGCUUUGUUGAAUGGGGAAUGUAAGUGUGUGUGCGCGUGCAUGUGCGUGUGUAUGUGCGUGUGUGUGUGUACAUAUCAGUGUCUUUCUUCGUCUCUUGGCUUUCUCUGUCCCGAGUUGCUGUAAGACUGGACUGAGGCUGGUCAUCUGAGGGACACGGCUGGACAUCUCAGUGAGGCUACGCCAUCAGGACCGCGCUGUCCUCCUCGUGGACGCACCGAAAGACCGACAAAAGAGGACUGACCGGAGGCUUUUAAGAGUGUGUGUGUGCGCGUGUGCGCAUCUGUAGGUUGGGGGUGUGUGUGAGCACACUCUUCUUUAGCAUAUGAUGAGAUCUGAGCUGAGUAGAUGAGGGCACAAGUACACUCGUGCUGGCUUCUGUUUGUUUGUUCUGGGUUUUCCUUUUUGUAACAGAUGAGUUUUCGGAAUUAACUUAAAAAAAUCCAUAAAAGUUUAUGUAACAUCCA